AUGUCGUCAGGCUUUCACAAAACUACUUAUAAGAGAAGUUCACAGCUGACGACGUUGGCAAAUCUUACAACUAUCAAGAUAACUCCUGCCCCGCGCAACGAUAAUCAAGCUUUCAGCGAUGCAGACAAUGAUGCAGAGGUCUCAGAAAACCCACUUUAUGUUACAUACCAAGUUGAACCUGUUGACAACAAAGUACACUUCAAUGACAAUGCACCCGAACACAUACUUGCUCUUGGCGGCGCUGUCGACGUUGGUGAUCUGAAUGACGUACGAGACAAAACACCCAAGCACCAGUCGGCUGUAGGUGGUGCUAUCAACGUUGAUGAUCUGUAUGCCGUCCCGGACAAGACACCCAAACACCAGCUAGCUGUGGGCGGUGCUGUCAACGAUGGUGACAAGUACGCCGUCCCGGACAAGACACCCAAACACCAGCCAGCUGAAGGCGGUGCUGUGAACAUUGGUGAUCUGUAUGCCGUACCGGAUAUGCCAAUGAAAACAAAGAACGGAACGUAUAGUACUUGGUCCGAAGCUGACAAUGAGUACAGUGAAAUCUAAAUAGAGGAAGAGACGUCAGCUAAUUCGGUCCUGUCAAUGUUCUAGGCGACACAACGCUUACGUUUGUUCGACAAACAAAUUCAAAUGGGACCCUGCUCCUCUGGGUGUUCUCCUUGUUGUGUACAGCUCUCGCUACUGUGUCUAGGUCUGCGUUGAACUUAAACAUUAUUUCAAUGUAAAUAGGGUAAGUUGAUAUAAAUGUACAGUAAACUACCUUUCUAACGAAAACGUUUUUAAAUAACGAACUAACGGAUAUAACUUAUUCUUUUUGGACCCCAGCCAGUUGCUGCAUAUAUUCUUAUAACGAAAUAUGGUUAUAACGAACUACAAUUAGAGGUCCUUUUGAGUUCGUCACAACCGUAGUGUACUGUACGUCAUACCUUUUGGAGUAAGCUGAUCAACAAUGUAAUCCAGAUGUACUAUCGAUUGUCAUGACCUCCAAGACUGAUGGCGGUUAGGAGAAUACUGAAAACGCUCAGUUUUGAUUUUGUCACAGCCGUCUCCUGAAGAUGAUAUUUUAAACGAUGGAAUACAAUAAUGUACAUGGCCGUCGACUUAUUUCAAUUGUUAUGCCAACACAAUGACAAUACGCAAAUGUAAGCAAUCCAUGCCUGAAAUAUGGUCAAUACAAGAACCUAUUUGAGCAGUUUGAAAAAACAACAUUAUCAUGUUGUUAUUGUGGAAUUGCCCAUUUAUAUUUCAAUAUCAUUGCUACUGUUUAAUGUCAAAUUAAAGAAGAUAACAGCUUUGUCAGUAAGGAGUUCAAAGUAAUCGCUCUUGUGUUAGUUUACAUCGUGAGCUGUUCAAAACCUUUAUGUUUAUGUCGUGUAUCUGUUUUAUAUUUGUCAUAUAUAUGAGAAAAUCAUGAGAUGCCUUUUUUUCAUAAUUAAGGUUGCUUCUUAAAGUGCAGUAGCAGAGAAAACAACACUAUCCCGUAUGUGUUAAGUAGUUUAACACUGUGGGUUCAUUCUGACACAUAUAUGUCUUAGGUUAUUAUCACAUUAUUCUGUUAGCAUCGUGAGCUGUCUAAAACCGUUAUGUUUAUACUGUCGUGUAACUGUUUUAUAUUUGUCAUACAUAUGACAAAAUCAUGAGAUGCCUUUUUUCAUAUGUAAGGUUGCUUCUUAAACUGAGAAAACAACACUAUCCUCUGUAUGUUUUAAGUAGUUUAACACUGUGGUUUUAUGUGGUUUUAAAUUGUUCAAACUUUAAUAUUUGUUUUGAUUGACACAUCUAUAUGUUUGAAGUUAUUAUCCCAUUACUCUGUUAGCAUCUAUACUUAUUUCAAAUGCAACAUAUAUUUAUGUCAUUGUUCCCACUAAACAUAUAUGACAUGCAUCAGUAAAGCUGGGAUUUUCAUCCAGAACUAACAUCACUUCAAUGCACCUGUCUCAAAAUCUUUGAAGACCAUUGCUAUGAUGUCACAAUCAAAUGACAUCACUAAUAAAUUUUAUCUGAUGUAUAUGCAUCUCUCGAUGUUUCCGACAUUAAUCUGCCGGUGUUGAUAUAUUUGAUAUCAACACAAACUGUUUAUAACAGGAUGUAAUACUAUUAUAGAAUUAAUUAGUGAGUGAGUGAGUUGGGUUUUAGGCCGCUUUAAAUAGAAUUCCAGUUAUAUCACGACGUGUCAGCUUAAUGUGAGAGGAAAGCUCGAAGUUCGAGUUCUUGACGGUUGACAGUUGCUGCAUGUGAUCUUCUGAUCUGGUCAGGGUGAUCCCAUAAAUGUUCGACGGAGUUGAUAUCAGGAGAAUUUCCCGGCCAGGGUAAAACGUGGAUGUUCGCGUUGUUCAGAAAGUUCUGUGUGAGCCUUACCGUAUGCGGUCUCGCAUUGUCUGAAGACAAUGCCACGUGUCUGUUGCUGAAUGAAUGGUUCCACAACGUGUCUCAUAGUGAGUGAGAGAGUUAGUGAGUUGGGUUUA